CCCCUUCCCUGUCCCUCGUCCUCCUCAUUCUUCUUCAAUGGCCGCUACUAUAUAGAUGCUUUGCUUUGGCUCUCGGGCUCUGGCUAACUGCCGUCACCGCUCUGGUUUUAUUUUAUUUUUUUGUUUUAUUUUUGUUUGUUUGUUUUUGGUUGUUUUGGUGUAGUCAAAUAAAAGCUCUCUUCUAUAGCCUGUUUCUUUCGGGAAAACCAAAACAAACGGUAGCUAAUAGCUUCUUCAUCAGCUCUCUCUUUCUCUCGUUCUUUCUUUCAUCGUUUUUGUGUUAUAAUUUGUGGAGGAGAUGACGGCGGUGUGAUCUCUGAGCGGCCGCCGGAAAGAGAGGUGGUAUGGGGUCGUGUGUGUCGACGCCGGACCGGUGCGUCGGAAGGAGGCUGAGUUCCAAGAACAAGAGGAAGAAGAGUCGAAAAAGGUUGAAAUCAUCUCCGGCCAGGACUGCUCCGGUGUCGGAGGGAUCGCCGGGAAAGUAUGCCAGGUCUGCGGCAACUGAUCGCUCCACCACCAACAACCGCACUUUCCAAGAAAGUAUUGAAGAAGCAUGGUUUGAUCCGGUUGCAAUAUUGGAAUCUGACUGUGAUGAAGAUUUCCUAAGCGUACAGGAUGAUAUCUUAUCUCUUAAUGGCUUUGAACGUACUUCUGUAUCAAGUACUUCAUCCGCAAAAGAUGGCAAUUAUGGGGACUAUAUUAUUCGCGAUCUACAUGCCCCUUCAAUGGAGCAAUUGCAUAAAGCAGGGGAUUUAUCACCAGAAAAUUCUGCAAACUCUAUUAUCGUGGCACAAAAGGGCAAUAGACAAGUAUUUAAUGACGGUGAUUCCCAAGCUAAAUGUGAUGAUCAUUCAACUACUGAAGCAAAUCAACCUGUAUUCCUUGAUGAAAUCUCCUCCUCCGUGGAUGAAAGUUCUGCCAAGGAGGAUAGUAUAUUGGAUAAUUGUGGGAUUCUUCCAAGCAACUGUCUACCUUGUCUUGUUUCAACUGUUACCUCUGAUGAAAAGAGACGUUCACUAAGCUAUAGUCCACCAAGCGCAAGGAAAAAGUCUGCCUUAAAGCUUCCCUUCAAAUUGAAAGAACAUGCGAAUGCAAGUUUAUUUUCGUCAAAGGUGAUUCUAGAAAGACCAAUAGCAGGUUCCCAAGUUCCUUUUUGCCCUAUAGAAAAGAACAUGUUCGAUUCUUGGUCACAAAUUGAUCCAAGUACUUUCAAAAUUCGAGGAGUAAAUUAUCUUAGGGACAAGAAGAAGGAAUUUGCUGCGAACUAUGCUGCAUAUUAUCCAUUUGGUCUUGAUGUAUUUUUGUCCCAGCGGAAAAUUAAUCAUAUUGCUCAGUUUGUGAAACUCCCUGCUGCUAGUACUUCUGGAAAUCUGCCUGCUAUUCUUGUUGUAAAUGUACAGGUACCAUUGUAUCCCGCUGCAAUUUUUCAGGGCGAGACUGAUGGAGAAGGAAUGAAUUUCGUUUUGUACUUUAAGCUUAAUGAGACAUACUCAAAAGAACUUCCACCUCACUUUCAAGAAAGUAUCAGAAAAUUAAUUGAUGAUGAAGUCGAAAAGGUUAAAGGUUUUCCUGUGGAUACAAUUGCACCCUUUCGAGAAAGAUUGAAGAUAUUGGGACGUGUUGUUAAUGUGGAAGAUCUUCACUUAAAUACAGCAGAGAGGAAGCUUAUGCAGGCUUACAAUGAAAAACCUGUUCUUUCGCGACCUCAGCAUGAGUUCUACUCGGGAGAAAACUACCUUGAGAUUGACUUGGAUAUGCACAGAUUCAGUUAUAUAUCUAGGAAAGGGUUUGAAACAUUCCUAGAUAGACUAAAGAUCUGCAUCUUGGAUGUUGGCCUCACAAUUCAGGGGAACAAACCCGAAGAGUUGCCAGAGCAGAUCUUAUGUUGUAUACGGUUGAAUGGAAUUGACUACAUGAACUACAAUCAACUGGGGCUGAUGCAAGAUCCCCUUUUGACCCUGUAAGUUGUGGAACAGUGUAAAUCUAAAAUUUCAUUAAUAAAGCAAAAAUUCAGGAAAAAUUCUGUGUCAUCCUGUGUGUAGAAAAGGAAUCUCUCAUAUUCUGCAACGAAUUGAGGCGACAAUCCUUCAUAUGAUU